AUGCAAAGCGAAGUGUUAGAGGGUUCAAAGGAGAUGAUAAGAGAUGUAAUUAUUCGAAAGCUUGACAUCAAAAUCAUGUUAUCUUCUUCAAACACAUUCCGUAUUACAGAGUUUGGAUGUUCGGUUGGACCAAACACUUUUAGCGCAAUGCAACAUGUUGUAGAAGCUGUAAAGGACAAGGCAUACAAUAAUCAUCAGUUCACUAAUAAUAUUCCUGAAUUCCAAGUUUUUUUCAAUGAUCAUGUCACAAACGAUUUCAACACCCUCUUUCAAUCACUACCGGUCGAUAAAUCCUACUAUGCAUCAGGAGUUCCAGGAUCUUUUCAUGGUAGAUUAUUGCCAUCGCGAUCGAUACAUUUUGCACAUUCUUCUUGUACUAUACAUUGGUUAUCUAAGUGUCCAGAAGAGUUGUUAGAUGACAAAUCCCCAGCAUGGAAUAAGGGAUUGAUUCAUUAUGUUGGUGCCUCAAAUAUUGAAGUAGUUAAUGCUUAUGUUGCUCAAUUUGAAAAAGACAUGGAAAUGUUCUUUAAAAGGAAAGUCCCACAUCGCCAAAACACAAGAGAGAUGCUGGAUAACUUGAAGCUGAGACAGGUUAUCACCAACAUCCUUAAGAUUCUGGAGGGGGCCUCAUAUCAAGUUACUCAUUGCUUUAGGGAAGCAAACUCUGUUGGUGACUAUCUGGCAAAGCUUGCAUCAUCAAAUGGAAGCAAGACCUUAUACGAUUCUCACCAAAGUCUACCAAGAGAAGUCAAGGGAUUAGUUCAACUUGAUAAAUGGCAAUUGCCCAUUGUUAGAAAAAGAUAUGAAAAAUGCAACUUCUUUGUUAGUUAA